UUGCGCCUGUGCGAAAUCAAACGUUGCUGACGUGUAGAGGUCACACGGAUUGAGCUUUUUCUCUGAUUUCAAAGCCGAAUUGUUUGGAGUGAAGGAGCUGAUGCGUGAAGAUGAGUGUUGAAGUGGAAAGGAAAUUUUUAUGCAAUGCCGACACCCUGAAAAAACUGGAGGAGAUCGGGGCAGUUUGCGUUGGCCAACAGCAGAUUCACGACCAGUAUUUCGAUACUCCUGAGUUUCACCUGACUUUGAGGGACAUGUGGCUGCGUAAACGUAAAGGAUGCUGGGAGCUCAAGUGCCCGACAGCAGAAGCGCAGAGCGGGAAGCAGGGUGAAGCAGCAGCAUCUCUGUGCACCCGUUACAAGGAGAUAACCAGCCUGCCUGAAAUUCACCUGAGAGUCAAAGAGGUCAUAAAACAGGACAGAGAGUCAGAGGCGGGCUUCUCACAGGAAGAUGAGUCGUGGCUGAGCAAACUGGACCUGGUGUGCUUUGCAGAGUUUACAACAGCACGGUGCUCGUUUACUUUAAAGGAGGAGGGCGUGCAGAUCGAUCUGGACCAGGCUGACUUUGGCUAUCAUGUGGGGGAGAUAGAAGUCCUCAUAUCAGAGGGAGGAGAUGAGCAGGCUGCACUGGAGAAGAUCAGAAAAACGGCAGAAAAGCUGGGGCUUACUGGAGAUCAGCGAGUUAAAGGAAAAAUGGAUGUUUACCUCAAAAGAAAUCACCCUGAGCACUAUGCAAAACUGCUUAGUGAACACAUCCUGUAAGAGAUCAUACUGCAUCUGUACAAAUAUGGGAACAAAAAAAGGUCUUAUUUACUAUAAAAGGUAAUAUUCUAUAAUAAAGUAUAGAUUUAUAAACUCAAUUGCUACGUGAACUUUUUGUAUGUGAGGUUAUGUUUUAGGGGGUUUGGGGAUGGGUUUGGGCAUUCGAUCAGAGUUUAUAUUAAUUUAUCGCUAAUGAUGACAAUGUUUUCUUACCGAGAGUAAAGAUGUGUACUCACAAAGAGGAGGAACUGGUUUGUGACAUGUGGCAGAGGAUCUUCUGAUUGCUCGGCACACAUUUAUUGAGUGAUGAAACCGUCCCAUUGUCUUUUCACAGAAACUUUCUUCACAGUAUUUAAAUCUGAAUGUCUCACUAAAAACAUUUGCACUUGAAUGUUCUAGCGUUCAGAAUUUGACUUGUUAUAUGUAGAUACAUAUCUUUUGACGUAUGCCAUGCUUUGCAAGCAGUCACCUUUACAAGAGACUGUUUUUGGAGGCACUAAUUAGUUUGUCAUGUCCACGUCGUUAUUAAGUAACUAUUAAGUAAUUACACAAUGAUAAAUGAAUACCUACAGUUGGUUGUGUGUAUGUGGGCGGAGGGUGCAGCUAUGUUUGUAUUCCUGUCUGUAUGAGAACAUUUAGUGACAAUAAUCCAUUGUCCAUCCUCUUAAUCCUAAAAUAAACCAUCAGGUGCCAAACCCUACCCAAAUCCUAGUUUUAACCCUUAAAACCCAAAUUAUAACCCCAACAAAACAAAAGCCUCCUGUGCACAGGCACAAUCACACACAUUUAGUGAGUGUAUCCUUGUAGCUGCACUCCUUCCAAAACAGUAACUUCCCUGCAUGUUGCACGUUCAGGUCACACCUGUAAGUUGGAGCUAUGGAUAAAUAGGGUCCAAAUAGCCUGUUUUAGAUCCAAUUUAAGACCCAGGAAGCACAGAACAGGUUGCAAAGAACAGAGUGAGGACUGCAACCUUUCAACUAAACAAAAACAUGUUCUGCUACUUAAGUCAAAAUAGCUAUUGCGCAGCAUCUUGAUUGUCCCAGAAAUAUUUCCUCCUUCAACCUAUUGUUUACAUUUACAGUUACAUGCAUUGUUAGAGUUAUUAUCAUCUUAAAUCUGAUCAUGAGAAAAUGUUUGCCUGCUGCAGAGACACACAAGGGGCUGCACUGAGCGUGUUGUUCACGGUGAGAAAAAAAAGUGCUCCAGUGAUGUCAUUAAAAAGCUU